GGAAGGUCUACCUCCCCACAAGCUUUUGUGUUACAAUUAUCAAAAGGCAGCAAGGGGCGGCUCAUGCCUGUAAUCCCAGCAUUUUGGGAGGCCGAGGUGGGUGGAUUACCUGAGAUCAGGAGUUUGAGACCAGCCUGGCCAACAUGGCGAAACCUCGUCUCUACUAAAAAUACAAAAACUAGCCCGGCAUGGUUGUGUGUGCCUAUAAUCUCAGCUACUGGGGAGGCUGAGGCAGGAGUAUCACUUGAACCCUGGAGGAGGUGGUUGCAGUGAGCCAAGAUCAUGCUACUACAUUCCAGCCUGGGCAACGAAGGGAGACUCUGUCUUUAUUAAAAAAACAAACAAACAAAAAACCCAAAAGGCAGCAAGGAUGAGAAACAUUAUUAUCUCAUUUGAUAUAGUCAUUGUUGGUGGCGGAAUUGUGGGGCUUGCCUCUGCCAGAGCACUCAUCCUGCGACAUCCAUCACUUUCUAUUGGUGUUCUGGAAAAGGAGAAAGAUUUAGCUGUUCACCAGACUGGACAUAACAGUGGUGUUAUACAUAGUGGAAUUUAUUAUAAACCUGAAUCUCUGAAAGCCAAAUUAUGUGUACAAGGUGCAGCCCUCCUCUAUGAAUACUGCCAGCAAAAGGGAAUUUCCUACAAGCAAUGUGGCAAGCUUAUAGUAGCUGUUGAACAAGAAGAAAUUCCCAGACUUAAGGCUCUAUAUGAGAGAGGCCUGCAGAAUGGUGUCCAGGGCCUGAGGCUGAUCCAGCAGGAGGAUAUAAGAAAGAAGGAGCCAUAUUGUAGGGGUCUAAUGGCUAUUGAUUGUCCACAUACUGGCAUUGUGGACUAUCGGCAGGUGGCUUUGUCAUUUGCCCAAGAUUUCCAGGAAGCAGGUGGCUCUGUCUUGACCAAUUUCGAAGUAAAAAAUAUUGAAAUGGCUAAAGAAGGGGCUUCAGGAAGUAUAGAUGAAAUGAAAUAUCUGAUUGUUAUAAAGAAUACAAAGGGUGAGGAAAUUCGAUGUCAGUAUGUUGUGACUUGUGCAGGACUUUACUCAGACCGUAUUUCAGAGUUGAGUGGCUGCACUUCUGAUCCUCGAAUUGUACCAUUCCGAGGAGAUUACCUGCUCUUGAAGCCUGAAAAAUGUUAUCUUGUAAAAGGAAAUAUUUAUCCGGUCCCAGAUAGCAGAUUUCCUUUCCUAGGAGUUCACUUCACACCAAGGAUGGAUGGCAGUAUUUGGCUAGGUCCUAAUGCAGUUCUUGCCUUUAAACGAGAGGGUUACAGACCCUUUGACUUCAGUGCCACAGAUGUUAUGGAUAUAAUUGUCAAUAGUGGCUUGAUUAAAUUGGCAUACCAGAAUUUUUCCUAUGGAGUUACUGAAAUGUAUAAAGCCUGUUUUCUUGGUGCAACAGUGAAGUAUCUUCAAAAGUUCAUCCCUGAAAUUACUAUCAGUGAUAUACUUAGGGGUCCAGCUGGAGUAAGAGCUCAAGCCCUGGAUAGAGAUGGAAAUCUGGUAGAAGAUUUUGUAUUUGAUGGAGGAGUUGGGGAUAUUGGAAAUCGCAUUCUUCACGUGAGAAAUGCACCUUCCCCUGCUGCUACUUCUUCCAUCGCAAUUUCUGGAAUGAUUGCAGAUGAAGUGCAACAAAGAUUUGAAUUGUGAAUAAUGAAAGGAGCUAGGUAUGCACUAAAAUCUCCAUGUCAGCAACAAGAAUGUACUAAUUUCAUUCUUUAAUAUCAAAUAUGUUUUUUAAAAUUUCAUUUUUAUGUGAAAGAUAACCACUGAAUUGUUAAAAUGAUGUAACAUAGAAAUAAUAAUUUUCUACAAAAAUUAGCCAGGCAUAGCGGUACAUGCCUAUAAUCCCAACUAUGGAGGCUGAGGCAGGAAAAUCACUUGAACCAAGAAGGUGGAGGUUGCAGUGAGCUGAGAUUCAGCCACUGCAUUACAGCCUGGGUGACAGAGCAAGAAAAUAAUAAUAAUAAUUUUUUAAAUGUUAGGCUGGGGGCUGGGGCUCACGCCUUCAAUUGCCAGCACUUUGGGAGGCCAAGGCAGGCAGAUUGUAGUCCAGGAGUUUGAGACCAGCUUGGGCAACAUGGUGAAACCUUGUCUCUACAAAAAAUUAGCUGGGUGUAGUGCCUGUAGUUCCAGACACUCAGUAGGCUGAGGUGAGAGGAUCACUUGAGCCCAGGAGAUCCCGGCUGCAGUGAGCUAUGGUCAUGCCACUGCCUUCUAGGCUGGAUGAAUGAGCAAUACCUUGUCCAAAAAAAAAUUCCAGCCUGGGCAACAUGCUGAAUGAAACCCUAUCUCUACAAAAAAUAAAACAAUUAGCUGGGCAUGAUUGGUGUGUGCCUGUAGUCCCAGCUACUUGGGGACUGAGACAGGAGAAUUGCUUGAGCCUGGGAGGUCAAGGCUACAGUGUGCCAUGUUUGUGCCACUAUACCCAGUCUGGGCAAAAAAGUGAGUCCAUGUCUCAAAAAAUAAAAAUAGCAUAAAUUCCAUGCCAUGGUGUGAUCUCGGCUCACUGCAACCUCUGCCUCCUGGGUUCAAGUGAUUCUCCUGCCUCGGCCUCCCAAGUAGCUAUAAUUACAGGCACCCACCAUGAUGCCUGGCUAAUUUUUUGUAUUUUUAGUAGAGAUGGAGUUACACCUUGUUGGCCAGGAUUGUCUCGAACUCCUGAUGGCAAGUGAUCCACCUGCCUCGGCCUCCCAAAAUGCUGGGAUUACAGGUGUGAGCCACCUCACCAACCCUAAAUCUCUGACUGUGUUAAUGACCUGUCCUUUCCAACCAUGACCUAGAGAAGAUUUGGCUUUUUAAGAAUUUUGGAGGGCCAGGCACGGUGGCUCAUGCCUGUAAUCCCAGCACUUUGGGAGGCUGAGGCAGGUGGAUCAUAAGGUCAGGAGUUCAAGACCAGCCUGGCGAAGAUGGUGAAACCCUAUCUCUACUAAAAAAAAAUACAAAAAUUAGCUGGGCAUGGUGGCACACACCUGUAAGCCCAGCUACUCAGGAAGCUGAGGCAGGAGAAUUGCUUGAACCUGGGAGGUAGAGGUUGCAGUGAGCUGAGAUUGUGCCACUGCACUUCAGCCUGGGCAACAGAGCGAGACUCUGUCUCAAAAGAAAAAUUUACAGAAAGAUGGCAUAAAAAUGGGUUAUUUUCUUAAAUCAUUUUUUCAGCGUUAUACUAUCUAAGUUCAUUUGGUCUCUCCUAGGCAAGAAAAUAUAUUGUAGGUUGCAAACUUUCUUUUAAUUUUGAAGAGUCAUAAAACUCACAUUAUUUAGAGCAACAAUAUUUGUAUUUGGAAAUUAAAAAUUCAUGAUUUCAAGACAAUACACAAAAUCUACAUUUUUGAGUAGUUUGAAUAAGAUUCUUAGUUAUAAUAUUCAUAGGAAAUAACAAAACAAACUCAAAACCUUUUUUAUUUCCAGCUCUUUGUAACUGAUGUGGUAUAGUAUCAUCAUUACAUCUAAACAGCAGUACACUGAGUGGUUAUCCUGUUCUUCAGUCUCUGUGGCUGAAAAAUGAAAUAACUUAGAAGAGAUAGGUUUUCAUGAGAGCAGUUUAGAAUCCUGACACUGAUGUGUAGAACUCUGUCAUUUUAAAAAGAUAUUUAUCUAUUAUAUUUCUGAUCUUUAGUCACAGUAAGGCUCUCAAAAUAUUGGCCAAGAUUGCUAAUGAUUCAUACCUACUUGGUUUUUCAGGGCUCCUAUAAACUUGUAUAAGGAUAUUUUUCCAUUUUUGAUAAAUAUUUAACUUUGAGGCAUUCACUUUUGUAAACCGCGAAAGUGCCUUACAUUCAUGUUUACCUCAUGAGCAUUUCAAGUUGAUUCCCACUGCUGUACUAUAUCCUGUAUAUAUGUAUUGUGUGGUAUCUGUUGAAAUGAUUCUUAGAAUUUAGAAAGUUGGGAAAUAGAAACAUAAAUGAAAAUGUGGCGACCUGACUGCAGAACUGUGAGUACUGAACCACUUUUAGGUGAGGCAUUUUCAUCCAUUCUGUCUCAUUUGCGCUCUCAGGAUUCAUCUUCUACUCUGUCUUCUUUACUCUUAGCUCUCCAAAGCUAUAUGAUGGAUGGGUGAGAAGGAUGUGCAUUUUGGUUGAUAGGAAAAAUGUUUCUGUUUUCUUCCUUUCCCCUUCACUUCAAGCAUUGGUGAUUACAAUGAUUGAGUUACCUCAUCCAUUAACUUGAAAGGCUCAUCAGCUCCUGUUCAAGAAGUAGCACAUCCCAGGUAAACAGAGUAGGCUAUUAUUCAACACUUGGGUUGAGCAUCUAAAGCAUUUAGAUAUCAUUGACAGAAGAACCAAGCCCUAAUGUGUCUUUGUAACAGCUGAUUCCUGCAAGAAAUGCAAACACAGGAUAUUUUUCUGUUCUAUUACAAGAUUACUAAGAGGUGGAAAAUAUUAUUCUCUAUUUCAUCAAUAGUACAAUUGCAUACACACUUGUAAAUACUGGAAUUACAAAAAAUGAUUGUCCUAAGUGAAGCAGUCCUCAAUCCAUUUGAGUCUAUACAAUAUCCUGAAAAAGAAACGUGAAAAAUUUGUUGAAAGUGUUUUUAAUAUGUAGGUUAUUCUGUUUAUAAAGCAUUUCAUAUGUAUGUCAAUAGGGUUUUGUUGCUUAAUGCUGAUAUAAUAUUUAAAUAUUUCUGUAUUUCUAACAGAAUAAAUGUAUAUAAACAUUUAAAAUAAUUUAAUGAACCUUGGUGUUGUAGAGAACAUAUUUUGUAGUUCCAUAAAAACUUCAUGCAAAUAAAUUUUUUAUAUGUAAAACAUAAACUGUUUACUUUAUAUAGCAGCCAACCUUUUUAAAAAACUCAUUUCUGGGUUAGUAGAUAAUGCAAAAUGAUGUUGAGUAGUUUACAUUUUGGGUAGUUUACAUUUUAGGUUUUAACUUCAGAGUGUUCAUGAGGAACUCUUGAUGUACCAGCAGGUAUAUUUUUGGUGUUUCGUGUUAAGUAGGUUGACUCUUAUGUCCAUACAUAAAUAUGUAUAUCAAAGUCCUUCCCUUGAUCCUGUCAGCCUUAGCACUGUUUGGGGAGUUGCCUCUACUGUUGGCAGAAUUCCACUUUCCCUGAGGUCAUUUGGAAUCUACCUGGUAGCCUGUGGGAUAACCUUUACUCUUAGAACUUUCUUCAAAGGAUGAUGGUGAGAGUGGGGUAUACUGCCAGGCCUUUGCCUAUGGAAGUUUGUAGGGCCUGCUUUUGGAGGCAGUCCAACCCUGAUGGCUGUACCUAUGAGCUAUCCCUGUAAACACAGAAGACAUGGUGUCUAUAUUGUUUAAGGACCGGCUCUGCCCUCCUGGGCCCUUGAUCUGUGUCUAGACUUCUUGGUCAGAGGUUUCCUCAUCUUUCUGCGCAUACACUAUUAUCUAAGAUCUUGUAAACAUUUUUGAGUUGUAAUCCUAAAGUCAGUUACUAAGCUUUUCUAAUACACUCAAAGGGAGAUUUUGAAAUAUCUUCAUCAAUGCUUAGGGUAGAAGGACAGGGUGAAGUGGUUGGGAAAGCAAAAGCUCCCUGGAGAUGUUUUCAAAUAGUUUGUACUCAUUAAAGAGUUUAAGAAUGGAAAUACGCCCCGAAGCCCUGAAGGGAAUAACAAUGUUGAUAUCAACCAACUUUACUUUUCUGGCCUCAAAUCCUAGAAAGUAUUGUGUUUUUUUUUUAUUAUUGUUGUUAAUUUAUAUUAUCUUUUGCUUAUGGGAAGGGUCUCACAUUAAAGUUAUGUAUUUAUAUAUAUGUAUAUGUGUGUGUGUGUGGAUGUGUGUGUGUGUGUGUGUGUGUGUGUAUAUAUAUAUAUUUUUUGAGAUGGAGUCUUGCUGUGUUGCCCAGGCUGGAGUGCAAUGGCCAGAUCUCGGCUUACUGCAACCUCUGCCUCCCAAGUCUAAGCGAUUCUCCUGUGUCAGCCUCCUAAGUAGCUGGGAUUACAAGCAUAUGCCACCAUGCCUGGCUAAUUUUUGUAUUUUUAGUAGAGAGGGGUUUCACCAUGUUGAUCAGGCUGGUCUCGAACUCCAGACCUCGUUAUCUGCCCGCCUCAGCUUCCCAAAGGUCUGGGAUUAUAGGCGUGAGCCACCGUGCCUGGCCUAAAGUUAUUUUAAGUUUCUUUUGCCCCUGGGAUAAAAUGAGAAAUUUACCUUUUAGAUAUGGCGAAAAAUGGCAGGUCUUGGAGUGCUCAGGAAGCCCAACUUUGAAUAUUAGCAAAGACCUGAGGGACAGUGAAAACAGAGGGACCUCUCUCACUAGAGAACCUUGAAUUUCAGCCAACUUUGCUUAAAACUGUAUCUUUAGAAAAACCUUUUUGUUGCUCUGAAGCAGAAUGAAAUGGCUACAACAGUAGUUGUUUCUUUCAUGCCUUUCAGAUUUAAUUUUCCUUAAAUUUGUCCCCUGGGAAUUGAAGAGGUGUCUUUUGGGGAUAUCAGUUUAUUUUUAAAUUAUUUUUUAUUUUCUUUCUUUUGAGAUGGAGUCUUGCUCUGUUGCCCAGGCUGGAGUGCAGUUACACCAUCUUGGCUCACUGCAACUUCUGCCUCCUGGGUUCAAACCAUUUACACGUGGCUUUUUAAAAAUAUUUUUGGUAGAGAUGGGGUUUCACCAUGUUGGCCAGACUGGUCUCAAACUCCUGACCUCAAAAUGCUUGGUUACAGGUAUGAGUCACUGUGCCUGGCCUUUUAAUUUUUUUUUUAAGACACAGCCACACUCUGUCACCCAGGACCCAGGUUGGAGUGCAGUGGCAUGAUCAUAGCUAACUGUAGCCUCAACCUCCUGGGCUCAAGUAAUUUUUCUGCUUUAGCCUCUUGAGUAGCUGAGACUACAGGUAUGCACCUAUAUAUCCAGUUAAUUUUUUUUUUUUUUUUUUAAGGAUACGGAGUUUCACUAUUUUGCCCAGGAUGGUCUGGAACUCAUGGGCUCAGGCAAUCUUGCCUUGGCCUCCCAACGUGCUGAGAUUACGGGCUUGGGUCACUACACCUGCUGUGAUAGCAGUUUAUAAUAAGAGCAGGUUCUUUUGUUCGUUUGGGUUUUUCUUGUUGUUGUUUUGGUCUCUUGAGCAGCUUCCCAAGUCAUACGGGUCAUAUACUAAUUGUUCGUUCCCAGAAUGCCUAGAUCCUUAACCUUUGCCUAUGUAUUUUUAAAUUCCUUCCUUCCUUCCUUCCUUCCUUCCUUCCUUCCUUCCUUCCUUCCUUCCUUCCCUCCCUCUUUCCCUCCUUCCCUCCCUCCCUCCAUCCCUCUUUCCUCUCUCUCUCUUGCUCUCUUUUUCUUUCUCCUUCCUUUCCUUUCCUAUUUUCCUUUUCUUCUCUCUCUCUCUCUCUUGUCUCUGUCUAUCAGAAUUUCACUCCAUUCAGCCUCUGCCUCCUGUGUUCAAAGUAAUUCUCCUGCCUCAGCCUCCCGCAUACCACCAUGCCCAGCUCAUUUUUGUAUUUUACCAUGUUGGCCAGGCUGGUCUCGAACUCCUGACUCAAGGGAUCCACCUGUCUUGGCCUCCCAAAAUGCUGGGAUUAUUUAUAGGCAUGAGCCACUGCACCCAGACUUUCUUAGAUCCUUGGUCAAUCAUUCCAGAUGGGACCUGUAGAAAAUUCUGAUUUUCUGGAUCCUUCUGAAUACUCAGAAUCAAGCAUGUUGAUUAUGUUACAGGUCAAUAGGAAAAGGUUGUCUUCUGACAUCCAAGUUUGUGCUUUGAAAUUUAGGAAUAUAAAGAUGCUUUUUGCUUCUACUUUGCAUGUUAGAAUUUUGUGGUUGGUAGGGAAUUUUUGAAUAUACUUUUAUUUUUGAAUUGUCUCCAUUACUAAGUUUUCUGGGAUUAAAGGAAAAGCCUAAUGUUAAAUGUUAUUUUCAAAGGGUUGAUUGUGACAGUGAGGAUUUCAAGGUUCUACCAGCAUUUUUGAUUGAGAGAAUGGUAGUUUCCUAUGGAGGGAAACUUCCUAUGAAGUCAUAUAAUGACAUUUAUUCCAAGAGUGGAUAUGGUAGGUGAGAAGCACAGGGUUGAAGGGAAUCUGGAGGGUCAUUCCAGGCUACUGAGUUUCCAGAAAUCACAUCAAUGGAUAACACUAAAGAAUCACACUUUUUCUAAGAGAGUAAAUGAUUAUAUACUUGGGUCAAAAAACUGAAGUUUGGUUAUCAGUGAAAAUGUGAAUCACAGAACAAAACAACCCUUUGUUCUGGGUUAGUGAUAUAAACUAACACCGUAGUAUAAACCUACCCCAGAGGAAGGAGGUUUGCUUUGUUCAGUUUAUUAUUUUGGGUUCAUUUGGCAGAGAAUAGAAAUCCAUUCCAGCUAGUUAAACAAAAAUAAAUUUAUUUUGGGCCAUGUGGUGACUUGUGCCUGUAAUCCCAGCACUUUGGGAAGCUGAGGCAGGAGGUCUACUUAAGGCCAAAAGUGUGAGACAAGCCUGGGCAGCAUGGCAAGACCCUCUCUCUACAAAAACAAAAAAUUAGCCAAGUGUGGUGAAAUAUGGCUAUAGUCCUAGCUAUCUAAAAGGUUGAGACAGGGAUCCAUGAGCCCACAAGUUCAAGGCUGCAGGGAGUUAUGAUAGCACCACUGUACUCCAGCCCGGGUAACAGUGAGACCCUGUCUAAAAGUAAUAAUAGGCUGGGCGCAGUGGCUCAUGCCUGUAAUUCCAACACUUCGUGAGGCCAAAGUGGGUGGAUCACGAGGUCAGGAGUUCAAGACCAGCUUGGCGAACAUAAUGAAACCGUCUCUACUAAAAAUACUAAAAAUUAGUUGGGCGUGGUGGCAGGUGCCUGUAAUUCCAGCUAUUCAGGAGGCUGAGGUAGGAGACUCACUUGAACCCAGGAGGCGGAGGUUGCAGUGAACUGAGACGGUGCCACAGCACUCCAGCUUGGGCAACAGAGUGAGACUCCAUCUCAAAAAAAAAGUAAUAAUAAUAAUACAUUCAUUCAGAGCAUACAGAAUCAUUGGAAGGCUAAUGAAGUAGAUUAUGGUUGAGCUUUCAGGAAUAAGUCUCAAAGCCACACCACAGAACCAGGUCACUAAGAGAGUAAUUUCAAAACAGCUAUGAUCCAUAGAGAACUAACAUGAUGAGUCUAGCCAUUGCUGCUGCCACAUAAAACUAGUGAUUGAAUGGUGCUUGCUAAUGGAAGUAUCAAGUUGAAGCUUCCAACUCACUUCUGCCUUCUAUAUCUCACUCCAGUGUCUCUGAUAGGCCCAACCUAAGUCAUAUCCAGAACCCUGGCUGCAAGGGAAUUUCGGCUUUUAGCUUUCUAGUUUCUGGGUUACUAGGAGGGUAGAAUGUACUUUGUUGCCUGCCAUAUACUAUAUCCAUCACACCUAAUAAUUAGGCAUAACUAGUAAAUAACCUAAGCAAAUUACUAUAAUUUUUAACAUUUUUGGGCAAACAAAGUUUUUCUUUUAAGUUCCCUAUUGGGAGCUGUACUGAACAGAUUAUGAAUACAGUCAUUGUUGACAGCUCAACUUUAUAACUGUCAGGAAUUUGAAAGAUUCUAUGGCGAUAACAUAAAUAACAAAAAUUUGAAUGAUACUUUUCCCUUUUACCUUUAUUAUAAGAGAUGGGUUUUGGAACAGCUACUUCCCUCAUUUACAAACAAUGACUUUCAACCUGGUGGUGGUGACAAUGUUUAGAUAACCCCAGUGGUAACUUCAUACCCUGGAGAACCAGAAAACACUCUUUGUUCAAUAGGUUGUAUGAAACACAAACAUACAAUGCCUUCUUUUGUGGGGAUGGGGAGCAUAAUAAAUCAAUCUUUUGAAAUUUCAUACAAAAUUAUGGUUCCUCUUGGGAAUACUUUUUUUUGGGGGAGACAGAGUAUCCUUCUGUCACACAGACUAGAGUGCAGUGCUGCAAUCUCGACUCACUGCAACCUCCACCUCUUGGGUUCAAGCAAUUCUCCUGCCUCAUCCUCCCUAGUAGCUGGGAUUACAGGUGUGCGCCACCAUACCCAGCUAAUUUUUCAGUAGAAAAUUUUAGUAGAGAUGAGCUUUCACCAUGUUGGCCAGGAGGGUCUCAAACUUCUGACCUUAGGUGAUCUGCCGGCCUCGGCCUCCCAAAGUGCUGGAAUUACAGGCGUGAACCACCACGCCUGGCUGGGAAGACAUUUUAGGUAUGCUAUCUCUUAGAGGGGGCUGGAUAUGAGCCUCCCAUAAGGGUCAGUGGACAAAGGCUGGUCUGAUGGCCUGCUUCAACUUCUUUUAGGCAGGUGGCUGUGAGAGGACUGAGCUAGCUAUGGCAGCAACCCAUUAAAGUGAGUGAUAACAACAUUGACUAUUUCCUGUGGCAUUGCUUUACUUUGCUAUUGACUGGUAGCACUUGUAGCUUUAAAUAAAUUGAGGAAGUGUGAGAAUAAAUGGGAGAAAUGUUGAGUAAGUCCUUCUUGAAAAUGUUAAGUGGGAGAAUAAUGGUGGUUAAUUUCUGUCUUUUAAAAUUUAAAUUGUGCUUGGAUCAUUCAAAUUUCCAUCAAAAGCCUUUCUAAAUUUGAAAAAAGGGAAAGGCCGAGUGCAGUGGUUUAUGCCUGUAAUCCCAGCACACUGGAAGGCUGAGGCAGGAGGAUUGCUUAAGACCAAGAGUUCAAGACCAGCCUGGGCAACAGAGCAAGACACCUAUCUCUUAAAAAAAAAACUAAAAAUUACAAAAUAAAUUAGCUGGGCAUGGUGAUGCAUACUUGUUGAGCCUAGGAGUUCAAGGAUGGAGGGAGCUACUGUGAUCAUGCCACUGCUUUCUAGCCUGGAUGACAGAGCAAGACGCUGUCUUUACAAAAAAAAGUCAAUUUACAAAGGGAAGCAAAAUUACAAUCUAUCAAAUUAUUGGCUGGGCGUGGUGGCUCUUGCCUGUAAUCCCAGCAUGUUGGGAGAUUGAUGUGGGCAGAUCACCUUAGAUGAGGAGUUGGAGACCAGCCUGGCCAACAUGGCUAAACCCAAUAUCUACUAAAAAUAAAAAAAAAAAUUAGCUAGGCUUGGUGAUGUGUACCUGUGAUCCCAGCUACUCAGGAGCCUGAGGCAGGAGAAUUGCUUGAAUCCAGAGGGUGAGGUUGCAGUGAGCCAAGAUUGCGCCACUGUACUCCAGCCUGGGCAACAGAGCAGGACUGUCUCAAAAAAAAAUUGUUAAUGUGAUAAUUAGUGUAUUAAUUUCAGUUCAAAUUUGUGAUUAAGCUUUUUGUUAUAUAUGCAUAUGCCCUCCCUCUUAUACUACCAGUGUGUUUAAUACUUGUAUUUCUUUCAUUUUAUUUUAUUUUUUUUGAGACAGAGUCUCACUUUGUUGUCCAGGCUGCAGUGCAGUGGCACAAUCUUGGCUCCCUGCAACCUUCACCUCCCAGGUUCAAGUGGUUCUCCUGCCUCAGCUUCCUGAGUAGCUGGGAUUGCAGGCACCCACCAUAUUCCUGGCCAAUUUUUGUAUUUUUAGUAGAGAUGGGGUUUUGCCAUUUUGGCCAGGCUGGUCUCAAACUCCUAACCUCAGAUGAUAUGCCUGCCUCAGCCUUUCAAGUGCUGGGAUUACAGGCAUGAGCCAUCGUGCCUAGGGUAAUUUUUUUUUUAACACUUGAAGCAAGCGUUUUUAAUUAGACUGGAAAUUUUUCAUUAAAUAUAUUUUUGUUUUGAAUAAGUACCAUUUUCAUGUGGUUGCAAAUUCAAAAGUCACAAUAAGGAGUCUGAGCAAAGUGACUCAUGCCUACAAUCUUACUACUUUGGUAGGCCAAGGAGGGAGGCUCUCUUGAGCUGAGGUGUUUGAGACCACCAGCCUGGGCUACAUAGCAAGACCCCCGUCUCAACAACAACAAAAGUCCCAAAAACGUACACAGUGAAAAAUCUUUCUUUCAUCUCCAGCCAGCCAGUUUUUGUCCUUGCGGCAACAAAAAUCUUUGUAGCCUUGCUGAUAUGGUUUGGCUGUGUCCCCACCCAAAUCUUAUCUUGAAUUGUAGUUCCUAUUAUCCCCAUGUUCAUGGGAGGGACCCAGUGUGAUGUAAUUGAAUCAUGGGGGCUAUUCUUGUUGCAGUUCUUGUGAUAGUUCUCACAAAAUCUGAUGGUUUUUUUAAGGGGCUUUUUCCACUUCUGCUUGGCACCUCUCCUUCCCACCGCUAUGUUUGCUUCCCUUUCUGCCAUGAUUUUAAGUUUCCUGAGGCCUCCCAAGCCCUGUGGAACUGUGAGUCGUUUAAACCUCUUUCCUUUAUAAAUUACAAAGUCUUGGGUAUGUCUUUAUUAGCGGCAUGAGAACAGACCAAUACAGUAAAUGCAGAGAAAUUAUUUGAGUCGGAUGCUUACAUAAUAAAAUACUGCAUUUUUGUUUUG